UAAAAAUAUAAUAUGAUGGAAGAUUUCUCUCCUUAUACUCUUCUACUUAAUUUGCACAUUGUUUCCCAAUUUGUACUUAUACGUCAUAUUUAUGAACUUAUUUUCAGAUGUUGCACCUGAUUUAUAUUUAACAACUACAAAAGGAUAUGAAGUGUGGCUUUCUGAUUCUGAAGUUAGUGGAUUUAUUUUUAACCAAACUAUCUCAUUUCCUGACAAUUUAAAGGUUAAAAAUGUUGGUCAGACAGCUUUCAUGGAUUUACAACUUAAAGGACGCAUGGAUCAUAUCGUGCCUGUUUGUUUUGAUACAAAAUGUAUCAGCAGCGCUAUUUAUUUCUAUGAUUCAACUCGUUGGUAUGAUUUGGAUAUAAAUUUCUAUAAUGGUAACAGUAUUUGGGGAUUUGUACCACCAAUGCUUAAUGUACCAUACCUAGAAACAAUAACAGUGCGGCCUGGCGAUUUCAAUAUGGAUGGCUACCCCGAUUUAUUGUGCACAUUGUGUCUUGGUGGCAAUUCAAAAAAAACAAAAGUAAUUUUAAUGGAAAAUGUUGCUUGUACGACAGAUUGUGAAGGGUUUGACAGAACUUUUGUUGUUCGAUGGGACUUACUUCAGGCAAUGAAUGGUAACAAUAACAACAUUAUGGGAGCAUUUUAUGAUUUUUUUCAAAAUGGUAUACUAGACGUGUUGUUGUUUAGUGGGGAUAACGAAGAGUACAGUAUGUCAGCUUUUAAAAACAGUUUGGACUACGAUGCAAAUUUUUUGAAAGUAAUGGUUGUCAGUGGUUUGACAAAUAGCCAGUAUGAAAUGUUACCUAAUCGAUUAGGUAAAAAAUCUCGUACAUUUGGUGCUAACUUGCCUGGUCCAAAAGUUAGUUAUGUGACUACCACACAAGAUGGGUAUCCACGUCAAGGUAUAGCUACACAGUUACCCCAGUCUGCAUAUUAUUCUCUUUACUUGCCUUACACAAUAUUUGGACUUGGGCGAACUCCUAACUUUGUCGAUGAACUUACUGUAUCGAUUUUAAAUGAAACCCGUUCUUGGACACAAAUUAUCCCAAAUUCUCAAAUGGUUGUAAUUCUAAAUUCAAUAAAUGAUUCAAGUAGAUGGAAUGUCAAACUAUUUUUGACACCAAGCCGUUUAAUAUUUCGAAGUGCAGCUGCCCUUGCAGGAACAUGCCUACUUAUUUUAGUUACAAUUGGAGUGCUGCACUAUAAAGAAUUACAAGAAGAUCGCAUUGAAAAACGCAAGGAAGCACAUAAAUUUAAUUUUGUUAUGUAGAUCAAGUUUUUUUAUUUUUUGUUACUCUGA